AGAAUAUUUCUGUCCUUGUCGCACCUGUGUCUGACCUUGUCUGACUUGUUACAGUUACAGGAAAUGUUCUCCAGUUUCAAGGUCAGCAGUUUUAAUACUCGAUUUGAAUCGCUCGAUGGCGCUUGAGCGCACCGUUCACGAAAAUGCGUGAGACUCCCAUAACCUCACCGCACUGCUUAUGGCAGAAGCAUGGCGAACGCGGUUAAUUGCUCUACGUUUUCGUCCGACGGUGAAUAUUUCGCUAAUUGCGGGGCCGAUGGGAAAUUGAAGAUUUGGGACACGUCCACCGGCCGUUUGAAACAGGAGUAUGUUUCUAAUUUUCAUCUGUCGUCCCCUUGUUGUGUUCUGACCUGGCUUUAUGUCAACUCUUCAUCAACAAAUACCACGCCUUCACCAUGGAAGAAACGCAGAAAGAAGUCAAUUUCAGAAGAAUCAGCUCCCAAAGGCAUCAUUGCUAUGGGAUCCACGAAUGGCAAGCUGACCCUUUAUGAUACAGCAACAUCCUCAGUCAGUACUCAAUUGGAUGACCACAGCAGUACAGUCACAGCCGUAACUUGGUCUGAAACUGUUGGUUUAUUCAGUGCAGCGGAUGAUCAUCACAUUAUUCAUUGGAAUCUUAAGGAGAAUGGAGUGAAAUGCAAAUGGAAAUCUGGAAAGGGGAAGACAACGUCUUUAGCAGUUUCAGAAGAUGGGAAAAGCUUGUUGUCUGGAGAAAGAGUUGUCAAAUGGUGGAACCUAUCUACCAAACAAUUAAUCAAAACGUUUACAGGUCAUGCUAAUCAAGUAACAUGUCUGUCUACUGUAAAAAUACCGUUUGGAAGUAACUAUGUAAUUAGUGGAGCAUGUGGCGAUGGUUGCCUUAGUGUUUGGACGUUAGAUGAGCAUAAAACUGAGAGAACAGCUGUGGCAAGCUUAGCUUUGCAAGAUGAUGCAGUAAGUGUUUCCGUGAACGUGUCAGAGGAGUCCCAAGUUGUUGUAUUGGUAGUAACUAGGUCAGGUCAAGCACACAUAUUUCAUUGUCAACAAAACGGUCGAACCAAACCUCUGAAACCUAGCUUGAGUAUUGCGGUAGCGUCUGAUAUAAGUCAGAAAGACGGCGUUCAACAAAUUCCUUUGUUACACGCGAAAUUAAUGGAAGACCAAAAAUUACUAUUAGCAUACGGUACAUAUCUUAAUCCUACGUUUGAAAGGGUAACUCCAGACUUUUCCGAGAAGGUGCAAUGUUUGGUGCGCUCAGAAAAUAGGAAAGCUAAGGACAAAAAGGAAGAAAUUUCCAAGGUGAAGUCUACUAUAAUUGAGGAUAACGUGGAAUACCUUACACCAGGUUUAAUAGAAACUGCACCAAAAAGGAAUAGAAGCAACUCUGGAUCGCAAUUAUUAUUGAAAGAUAGAUUAGAAAACCUGAGUCUAAAUGCAGAAUCCAGCCCUGCAGGGAAAAGUACUAGUUCAGGUACUAAUAGGACGCAACUUUUACUUCAAGGAUUGAAUAGUAAAGAUAAAACAAUUCUGAGCAGUGUAUUCGUCACGAGAAACGAAUCUAUCAUUAGGAAUACUAUAGCUAAAUUGCCAGUACAGGCGAUUGGACCACUAAUUAAAGAGCUGACCAUCUUGCUCCAGGGUAAAACUUUAACGAGUAAAAUGGCUGUGAGGUGGUUGGAAGCACUGUUAAUAACGCAUGCAGGCCAUUUACUAUCACAAGCAGAUCUCAUGCAAUUAUUUGGACCCAUUUUGAGUUUAAUCGACGCCAAGCUAGCUCUUCUAACAGAAAUUUCUAGACUCAGAGGUCGUGUGUCCCUCAUUACAGGCCAGAUCUCACAGACAGUUGAAGAACAACAUAAGGAAGUUACAGAAAAUUGUCUUGUCUAUCAAGAUUCAGAUUCUUCAGAAGAAGAUGACAGAAUCGAGGAUGAAGAGUUGGAAAGUGAGUCCGAUGAAAAUUGGGAGGAAAUGUCAAAUCAAGAAGACCAAGAGGAUGAACAAGAAGAACAAAAUGAUCAAGAUAUCAGGAGUACAAAUUCUGAUGAAAUAGACGAAAACGAUAAUCAAGACGAUGAUGGAUCUAUAUCCAGCUAAAAUGUUCACUUAGAAAGUAUUCACUGGAUAUAAGGAAUAUGAGAAAGAAAAGAAUAUGAAAUGUUAAAUAAAUGACGUUUUUCUACACCAA